AUGGUGGACCAGAAUUUCCUAGAAGCCGUCCAGAAGCCUCGCCAAACUCCUCCUAUGCCCAAGUUUUUGCCUCGACGACCGCCGAAGCUGCAGACUGCUUGGCAGCUGCCUCCGGAGUCCCACAGCCACGCCCCCAACCAUCACUUUCCUUUAGAGUACCCCAAGAUGAAGACCAACAACAUGAAGGUUUUGACGUUGCUGCUCGUCGUCUGGAAUGUGGAGGAUACAUCUGCUGCACGACAUUCCCUGAAAUACUACCUCACCGCAACUUCCGGGUUGCAAAACUUCCCCGAAUUUGUGGGUAGCGCCGAGCUGGACGGUGUCCGGAUUGGCUACUGCGACAGUAACAUCCAGUCUGCGGAGCCUAAACAAGAAUGGAUGAAGGAGCUGGUGCGGGAUGAGCCGGAGCACCUGGACUGGUACAAGUUCAAGUGCUCCGGCAACCAGCAGGUCUUCAGGAACAAUCUCAAAGCUUUGACUCAACGGCUGAACCGUUCUGGAAGCAGCCAUGUUUUACAGCGAAUGAACGGCUGCGAAAUCAAUGAUGAGACUGGUGAGGUGGAAGGCUUUAAUCAGUACGCAUAUGAUGGGGAAGACUUCAUCGUGUUGGACCUGGAGACCCUGACGUGGACAGCGCCCUCCCCGCAGGCUUUCACGACCAAGCUUCUUUGGGACACGCAAUCCGAGAGACUGGAAUACAACAAGUACUACUACAUCCACAAGUGCCCUCAGUGGCUGAGGAAGUACGUGCAUUACGGCAGGAGCGUCCUACAGAGAAAAGAGCUUCCUUCAAUGUCUCUCCUCCAGAAGACACCCUCGUCAAUGGUCCGUUGCCACGCCACAGGUUUCUACCCCGAUCUAGCUAUGAUGUUCUGGAGGAGAGGUGGCGAAGAGCUCCAUGAGAACGUGGAACACGGCGAGAUCCUGCCCAACCAUGACGGAACCUUCCAAAUGAGCGUUAACGUCAACGUAUCAGCGGUGCCGCAGGAUCAGUGGGCGGAGUAUGAAUGUGUGUUCCAGCUCGACGGUGUCAAGGAGGAGCUGGUUGUCAAGUUGGAUAAAGAUGCCAUCAGAACCAACUGGAUUCCUCCACCAGAGUUUCCGACUGGUGUGGUCAUUGCGUGCGCCAUUGGGGCGCUGCUGGUCCUUCUGGCGGUGGGAGUAGGACUACACAUCUGGAGAAGAAGGGUUGACAGUGACGGUCUCUGGACUUGUCAGGGAAGCUCAAAUAUGAACUCCAAGACAAGUGUUACCUCGAUU